UCUGUUGCUAUCUAAGCCUAGUACAUUUUCCAAGGCAGUUUGGGCAUAAACACUGCAGACAGUUUGUUUACAUAAGGAUAUGUUGGCUCGUUCUCCACUGCUAAAACCCUUUGGGUGCAACAGUUUGAUGAAUGUCUCUGCUCUCCGGCUAGAUUUGUAUUAGGCCUGCAAGCCCUGAUGGAAGUUAUUACUUUCUAAUGGGAAUAUGUAAGCAAAGGUCAUGUGCUUUUCAUCACUUCACAAAUAACCAUUGUACAGAAAAAAAAGCAAGCUAAAAAAAUGAAAAACCUACAGGCAACAUGUGAUGCUUAUAUAUGGACAAGUGGAUUUGUUAUUUGGUUUACAUUUUCUCUGUUCUUUUUUUUCUUCUUUUGGAAGUCCUUUCUAUCAUUGCUAUUCUGAGUCAUUUAUUCCCAAAGGAAGUGAUAGUCAUGGCACUAAGUUUCCAGUAUUAUUUCCAAAUUUCCAUGUCAGGAUGCAGGUCUUACCAAACAAUUUGUGAUUAAAAAUAAACCUCCAAAAAGGAGUCAAACGGGGACCUGCAGGAAGUGAUGCUACCCUUGUUUGGUUUCCAAUAAGGGUGUCAGAAUGUGAAGGAAACUAAUAUAGUCAACAAAUUAUUGGAUGGGGGUUAAAGUUAGAUGUUAUUGUUUUCAGGACCCUUUUAGUGUAGAAGACAAGGGUUUGUGCACUACCUUGGCAUCAUUUUUGAUGUGGGUGCCAUACAGAUAGCGCUCCAAAUAAUGUUUACCCCACCAGCCUUUCCCCAUAGAGACCAAGUUCAUCCCUAUAGCACUUAUGCUCAUUUAGUUAUUACAGUUUUAAGCCAUCGCCAGGUGGUUUUUAUGUAACCGGGUUCUCCUUCACGCCACUGAACCGGGUUGGCCCAAGUAACCCCUUGACUCUGUGUUGUGUAGUUUUUAAUGAAGACAAGGAGUUUCUAGGUGAUGGGGCAUUUUAUUUCCUGAAUGAGAACAUAUCAGAUUUGAAUCAGUGCAAUCGGCUCAACUUCACUCAGCACACUACAAUAGUGUUAUAUUAGCAUUUAACUUUAGCACAUAGAGUGUUUUACAGUAUUAAAAACACUAAAAGUACAAAAGCUGGUGCCAUGCAUCUAGUAAGUAUUCAUUACUCUCCAUGUGUCUAAGUUCAUAAAGGUAAUGUCUUAUGUAUUGUUAACGCUUUUCUAUGCUAUGUGCUGAAAAAUGCAACUCACCUCUCAUGAAGCUUUCACAGACUGGCACUUAGUACAGGGGCCAGCAGCAUAUAACCAGCUACACAGAGAGGAGGCGCUAUUUCUCCACUGCACUGCUACAUAAAGCAAGUGAGAUUCUACAACCUAAACAUUGUUAAAUUUAUCCCCUAACCCAAGUUGUGAAGAGACACAUUUUGUAUACAUUUGUAAAUACUGGACAAAUACAGUAAAUCAAUGGUAGCAAUGAAAUAGUUUUAAUCACUAUUUUCUAUUCGGACUAAAAUCAAUAUACUUGCCAUUAGAUGUACUUUGAUCAGAUUAAGUUCAAUGAUUGGUUAAAGCUGCAGUAUGAAACUUCUUUGAAGAUAUAUUAUUUUCAUAUUUGUUAAAAAUCACAUUAUAUCCUGAAAGUAGAAUGUGAGAGAAAUAAUCUGUGAAAAAAUCAAGUCUCUCUGUCUCUUUCCUUAGCCCCUAAUGGGAUCUUUGCAAGUACGGCACUGAUGUCACAUCUGCAUGAGUGAAAUGCAGCUUUCUUGUUUCUGCUUUGAGUUACCAUGACAGCUAGGAAAGACAAAGACGUAUUUCAGAAGCAAAUAAAGCAAACUUUGCACAUUGUUGUCUUCCAAAUAUAAUAGGCUUUUAAGUUUUCAUGGAUUUCCAAGCGAUCCUGAAUUAAGAAGACGGUGGCUUGUAAAUAUUGUCGCUACCAGUUAAAGCUAACGCGGCACAGCAAAGUUCACAGCCUUCACUUCACUCCGGAUCAGCUUCUUCAGCCUAAUACUACCGGGGGGAGACGGGUGGUAAAUAAAGGAGCCGUCCUGUGUUAUAUCAAUGGAAUCACUUCUGAAUUCAGCCUGAAAGAGCGAGUGUAUGGGAACGAGUGAGCAGACCAGAGUCAAGCAGCCGAGCAACUGAUCCACCUGUACUGCUGUAAACAACAUCCUAUUGAGCUCUUCACAAGAAGCAUGCAAAAGUAAUAAAAUAACACGGAGACCUUAAGGAACACGGCCAUAUUUUUCUAAAAGCAACAACUCUGAACCUGAACAGUCAGCUGAACUAGAACUCUGACACCAGAGCUGCUCUACUGUUAAGCUAAGGGGUUGUUGUGCUUCCUCAUGCUUCAGAAGCAAAAAGCCUGAACUGUAAUCUCCCCAGUGACUUGGUCUCUGACACUAACGACAAUAAGCACAUAUAAUAUAUUUGAAAAUAAGUACAAAUUAAGGUGAAAACAUUGUCUGUUAGAAUGGAUUAAAAUGUUUAGAUACUUAAAUAGCACAUUUUUACAAGAAAAAUGUCAGAGAAUAUUGUCUACUAGCAUAAGCUAAAGUUAAUGUUAGCCACAAAGUUUAAAGAAAGUAAAACUCACCUUCGUAUCCGUGGAUGUAUAACGAGGCGUACAUCUUAAAACCUUUCUCCAGCUUACUUGUUGGAGCUACGGAUCGAUGUACAUCAUUAAUUGUUACCUUGGGCAAGUCCUGCAAACACCUAGUGGAAAACGCCAUUUUCAAUAGAUCAGAAUCAAGCGACCUGCUUUUCCACCAGCUUUUCAGAAAGCUGACGUGUCCAUAGCCUUACACCAGUAGCAUAGCAUAGCAAUGCCACAGCAUUUAGAAAAAUACUCACUCCCAAAUCAAAACAACCAAUCAAAGCCAGGAGGAGGCUGGCUCUGAUAUACUAAUCAGUAUCUCAUUCACAACUGUGUACACGCAGCUCUCUCCUGCACAGCGUGCUCGUUGUUCAAGCUGAAGCUAGCUGUGUGCUGCAGCUGUUGUGUUAAUGGCGAAGAAACAAACCAACUUUACAGGGAAAUGUCUAAUUUCUGGAGUAGUACCUGGACCAAAAACUAAGAGACAGGUAAACAGAAGAAGACCUACGACGAAAGGCAAGCUAAAAAGAGAGAAUUAGAACAAGCCCUGUGGAUUCUGUGACCUUUCGUCUUCCACCUGUCCUGCCUGAUUCUCCAUGGACACAGCUUCCUCUUCUCCCCGCUGAAGGUAAAACACCUCAUCAGAGCCCAUGAACUCCAUGUCAGAACUCUAGUCGCAUACCAUACAGAAGAAAUGUCAUGCAUGCAAAGCGAAAAAUAUAAAUUGCUUACUCACUGGCUGGACAUUUUGCCUAGGUAGUUUCAAACCUUAUCUAACAUUGAGUAAAUACACACCAUAGCUACUUUUAUGUUAGCUGACUUAUAAAAAAAAAGUGAACGUUAAAAUAUGAACUGACUGUUUUUAAAAUGUAACGCAUAAUGUUGAUACCUACCGAUGCCAUAGUUGUUUAUCCGCCGUUGUGGAGCCUUGUUUAAUAGCUGGUGUGUUUACGCUAGUUUUCUCUGCGUGGGAGGGGCUGUAGAGGAAGGGCUGCAUGACACAGCAGAGAGCAAGGGGGCGGGGCUUGUUCAAACUUUCAGGCCAAGUGCAUGGUUUUGAAAAAGUUACAUACUGCAGCUCCUGAGACCCUGCAUCCUCAUAUGAGGACAUUACAUUUUUGCUGUUCUGUACCAUGAUACUUAAUUUGUAAGAAUUUUGACCAAUUGCCCUCAUCUGGGGGCCCUGCCUGCACCACCUAGUGGUCUCAUAAUGAAAUUACACUCAUUUGAAAAAAAACAACAUGGCGGGGAUGACAGCUAACGUCUUCUACGGCAGCUCCCGACAGAAACAUGGACAAGGUAAAAAUCCUAAUCAAAUUUUAUGAUUGAAACUAGUUUAUUUAUGCACAAUAAUGUCUGUAGCUUCACGUGGCAUGCUUAUUUGAUAUAUUUGAGUAAUAUUAGCAAGCUACAACGUCUGUAAACAUGACGUACUUCUUUAAGGACAUCAGGUCUACCUUCAGUGCAAAAACGUAAAAUUUUUCCAAGAGCAUUUGUGUUUAUUUCUAGUCAAAAUGUCUAAUUUCUAGUCAAAAUAAGUCUUAUUACACUUAAAAUAAGACUCAUCCUGUAAAAAGUAACUUGUUUUUAGACAAUCACCACUUGUUUCAAGCGAACUUUCACUAAAAAAUAAGUAGAAUAAUUUGCCAGUGGAGCAAGUUUUUAUUUCCUAUUACAAGGAAAUAGAUUGUGCAUUUUUAUCAUUACAGGGGGAAUGUCCUUUUUGAGAGCUGAACGAUUGCUAAAUGCAAUCGCAAAUGACUCUGAGAUUGAAGAUUUGUCAGAUGGUGAAGAGGAUGAUCCUGCUGUGGGUGAAAUCGCUCCAUGUGAAGCAACUGUGGAGCAACCUGAUGAUUCUGAUUCAGAUUAUCAACCUGAUGCUGCUGACAUAAGUGAAGAUACUGACAGCGAUGUGAGUGAGCCACAACAUAAACAACAGCAUCUUGAGAAUGAUGAACCUGACCAGGAUGUGCAAGGUCGCAGGGCAGGACCAAGAAAUGGAAAUAGAGAGUACUGGAAGUCUGCUCCAUUCAACCCUGUCUUAGUCCCAUUUCAAGGAGCUGAUGAACAACAAGACGAGAGAGCAGAUAUGUCGCCGGUGCAGUACAUGGAACAGUACGUUGACAUAGAACUGAUGAAAGUCCUUGCCGACUGUACAAAUUCUAUGUCAUUAGCUAAAAGUGGAAGAUCUCUCAACACAUCGGUUGAAGAGAUGUACCACUUUUUUGGAGCAUCCAUCUUGAUGUCCUGCAUCCCUUACCCACAAAUCCGCAUGUUCUGGUCCACUAACCUGAGAGUCCCUGCCAUUAGUGACACAAUGAGACGCGACUGAUUCUUCAAGCUGAGGAGCCAUCUGAAGGUGGUAAUUGAUGACGACAUUCCUGAAGACAGGAAAACAGACAAAUUCUGGAAGGUGAGGCCUUUCAUGAAUCGCAUACUCAAAGGCUGCCAUGCUCAGGCCCGACCAGAAUCCGUCUCAAUAGAUGAACAGAUGAUACCAUUCACUGGAGGCUGUCCGUUCCGCCAGUAUGUGCCGCUAAAGCCAAAUCCAGUUGGCAUGAAGAAUUUUGUCCUGGCAACAGCAGAUGGCGUCGUUCUCGACUUUGAAGUUUACCAAGGUUCAAAGGAACUGGCUGCACAGGUGCUGGACGCAGAAGGAUUGGGUUUGGGAGCCCUGGUCCUCAAACGCCUGACAAAAACAGUACAUCCUGGUACAAAGGUGUACUGCGAUAGGUUCUUCACCACCACAUCAGCUGCGGAAUCCAUGCUGGAGAAGCAGGUGUACCUAACUGGUACAGUCAUGAAGAACAGGAUCCCAAAAGCAAUGCAGAAGCUUCCAAGUGACAAGAUCAUGAAGCAGCAAGGCAGAGGUACCUCCGCAUCAGUUGUCAGGGGAGAUGGGAAACUGAAUGUUGUGAAAUGGUUUGACAACAAGCCGGUCCUGAUGCUCUCUGCUGUCCACACUAAGGAGCCAGAGAAUACCUGCCAGCGGUGGUCCAAGAAGGACAAAUGCUACUUAACCAUCAGACGACCAAAUAUUGUACAGGAGUACAAUGCAAAGAUGGGUGGGGUAGACUUAUCAGACAGAAUGAUGAGCUACUACAGGAUGAGCGUGCGAACAAAGAAGUGGACGAUUCGCAUGCUUAUGCACUUCAUGGAUCUUGCUCUGGCCAACAGCUGGCUGCUGUAUCGCAGAGAUCAUCAAGAACACGGUACCCCAAGAAAGGCUAUCAUGACGUUCCUUGCGUUCCGCAUGGACGUGGCUCAGGUGUUCCUCAACAAGUGUGAUGUCACGCAUGCAGAGGAAGAGAGUGCAUGCUGUCCACAACCUGGCCAAAGAUCCCUGGUCACUCCAAUCCCCCACAUCUCAGCGCGCACAGCUUCUGCUGCUCAUCUGCCGGAAGUUGCUGAUCUCAAGAACCCGAUGCGUUGCAGACAACAAGGCUGCCCCGGGAAAUCCCGUGUACGCUGUCUGACAUGCAAUGUGUUCCUUUGCCUGCAAAGUCGGCGCAACUGCUAUGAAGCCUUUCACGGAGGCCAGUAGGACUACUUGAAUACUUGAAUGUUUGUUUGAGUUUGCUAUGACACGUUCAUAAUGAUGUUCAUAAACGUUGCACUUUUCCAUGCAAAGCCUUUCACAUAGGCAAGCAGGAAUACUUGAAUUAAUGCCUGAGUUCGCCAUGACAUGUUCAUAAUGAAGUUCAUAAAGUUUGCACUUUUCCAUGCAAAGCCUUUCACAGAGGCAAGCAGGAAUACUUGAAUUAAUGCCUGAGUUCGCCAUGACAUGUUCAUAAAGUUUGCACUUUUCCAUGCAAAGCCUUUCACAGAGGCUAGUAGGAGUACUUGAAUGUUUGUUUGAGUUUGCUAUGACACGUUCAUAAUGGUUCUCAUAAACGUUGCACUUUUCCAUGCAAAGCCUUUCACAUAGGCAAGCAGGAAUACUUGAAUUAAUGACUGAGUUCGCUAUGACAUGUUCAUAAUGAAGUUGAUAAAGUUUGCACUUUUCCAUGCAAAAGCUGCACACUUUUAUCUGCACUUUUAUGUUUGUUGACAGUAUAAAAUAAAGUUUUGUACUUUGUUAACCAAUGGUGUCUUCAUUGUGAAAGUCUGGACAGAAAGCAGCGUAAAUGUACAUACUGUGAAACACAGAUGUAAAUAAUAACAUUGAUUGAAUGGUCUUAUCGUCACACAGAUAGACCCAAUGUCCUCGUCUGAGGACAUUGGGUUUUGAGAUAACCACUUAUUGUAGAAAGCUAAAAUUUCAUUUUUAGGCUAAUUGGGUCCUUAUGAUCCCAAAUGACAAGGAAAAAAUGUAUAUGCAAAAACAGACCCAUUGUCCUCAUAUGAGGGCAUUGGUUUUGACAUAGUUCAAGAGCACAUAGAAAGCUAAAAUUUAAUUUCAACUAAAAUUAGGUCAUACUAAUCCCAAAUAGUAAGGAGACAUUAAAAAUGCACAUCAAACAAAAGC